CGUCCUAGCACGCCCAAUACAUUAUCCCUAACCAUUAGCCAUCCCUAGCCUUCGAUACCUCCCCUACAACCCACUCUACCAGCUACCUUUCUAGUUUCUCUACCUGUACUGCCAAAAUCCAUGCUUAGUUGUUGAUACCUAUACCAGUUUUAGCAUCCACCUUUAUUCACCCCCUCCUCCAAUAAUAUUGCGAUGGCCGUCACAUCACUUAUUAGCAAAACCUUGAAGGCGCUUCCGCCGCUGCUCCGCAACUCCGAUGCGGUGGGCUUUAACAAUCGGCGUCGACGGAUGUCGAUCACGUUCAUCCCGCCGUCGACACAAUCUCCGUUGUUCUUGUACGGCGCAGGAGACCAGCGCUCGUUCCUUCUGUUGUGCCUGGGAUCCGCGCGCGACAGCGUGCGCGACGAUGCGACCGUCAGCACGUCGCGUUCGCUCCCAUCCACGCUCAGUACCGUGGCCUCCGACGAGCCAGACCAGAUGACCUGGUUGCUUGAGGAACGCCGCCGCUAUACUGAAUCUUUACGCGAAGAAGACGAAGAAGAAGACGACCACUAUGGCACCAGCGCAAAGUCCAUCCAGAGCUCCACCCAAUCCGAAGACCUUUCAGCCCUUGUGACAAACCCAAAAAAUGAGUUCCGCACGCUUGUCAACUACUCCAUUCCGUUGAUCAUUACUUUUGUGUUGCAACAAGCCUUUUCGGUCGUGUGUGUGUUGGUGGUGGGCCAUCUCGGGAAGAACGAGCUUGCGGCGGUAUCGCUUGCGUCCAUGACGUCGACGAUCACCUUAGCCAUCUUUGAGGGCAUUUCCACCAGCUUGGACACGUUGUGUCCCCAAGCGUACGGUGCAGGCAAUUUCCACGGCGUCGGAGUCCACUUCCAGCGCUGCACACUCUUUUCGCUUGUGUUUUUUGUCCCGUGCGCUGCCUUCUGGUGGUUCAGCGAACAUUUCUUGCGCCACGCGAUCCACGAUGAGGAAGUGGUGCGCCUCACGGUGCAGUUCCUUCGCGUCAUGAUUGCGGGUGCGCCCGCGUACAUUCUUUUUGAAAACGGGAAGCGUUUCCUCCAGGCACAAGGCAUUUUUGAGGCCGGGACGGCUAUUUUAUUCAUUACCGCUCCUGUUAACAUCGUCUUGAGCUAUCUCCUUGUGUGGCACCCGGUGAUUGGUGUGGGUUACGUGGGCGCGCCGAUCGCGGCGGUUACGAACUUUUGGUUCCAGGUCGUGCUCCUCUACCUCUAUGUAGCAUUCGUGGAUGGUGACAAGUGUUGGGGUGGCUUUUCACGCGACGCAUUGCACCACUGGCGCGACUUGGCGCACCUCGCGAUCCCCGGGAUUGUCAUGCUUGAGGCUGAAUAUGUGGCGUAUGAGAUCCUCACGCUCUUUUCCUCUUCGUUUGGCACAUCUGCGCUCGCGGCGCAGUCCGCGAUUUCAACGAUUGCGUCGCUCACGUACAUGGUACCGUUCGCGGUGUCGAUCGCCGCUGCCACGCGCAUUGCGAACUUUGUCGGCGCCACCAAUGUGCCAUGCGCGCUUAUCGCCACGCGUGUCGGGCUCUAUGCGUCCUUGAUCGUCGCUUCCGCGAACUGUGUCGUCUUGCUUUCCUUCAAGGCCCCGAUCGCGCGUCUCUUCACCCUGGAUUCUGAGGUCAUUUCCCUCAUCGUCUCCUUGUUUCCCCUCGUCGCGGCUAUCCAAGUUUUUGAUGGCUUGGCCUCCGUCGCAUCCGGUAUCUUACGAGCGCAGGGCAACCAGAAAGUUGGCGGUGUCGUUAACUUGCUCGGUUACUACGCCCUUGCUAUCCCCGUCAGUUUGCUUUUGGGCUUCUACUGCAAGAUGGAGUUGUUUGGCUUGUGGAUCGGAAUCGGCGUGGGCAUGAUAGUGAUUGGAGUCACCGAGAGCUGGUAUGUCUUGACUGCUGAUUGGACAGAUAUUGUCGCGCGUGCGCAAGAGCGCAAUGAGGAACAAGAUUGAGAGACUACAUAUCGAAUGAUUAAUUCUUAGAUGUAAACGAGAUUUUUGUUCGUAUAUUUUAGCGUGAGAAAUACUUGCAUCAUAUUUAUUGAUGCUGAUUAGAACUAUAUUUGGAUUUUACUGUUACCGGGGUAUAUUCAAUAGGUGUUAUUGCGUACCGUUGUCUAGUGAGGAUAAUUUUCAUAAAUAUAAUUCAUGCAAGUGGA